UUAGACGAGAAAUAUCAUUUAGUUUCGGAAGCUUAUUCCAUCACAAAGAAACUAUUCGUCCAAGGUCGUGACAACUACAAUACGCUGAAGAAUCGCUCCCUGCACGUGAUGGACACCUUCCUAGACCUCGUGCAUAUCAUGAACGAGGAGAUGGCGAGAGAACUGAGGAGUGCGAUUGUUAAAUUCUAUAAGAUCAAAUAUUUUCAUGAUUUUACUAAUUACGUGGUUAAUAUUGAAGAGACGGUGGACGUAAUCGAGCACUGUCUGAAGGAGCCUUUGGAGAAGGUGGAUCAGAUCCGGGGCCAGUUCCACGACGUGAUCAAGAACUUCCAGGACUCACGUAACUUCGAGGUGGUGAAUCGCUGCUACAACGAGCUGCCGGACGAGGUCGCGGUAACCCACUGUUUGCUGCACCAAGCCGUUCUUUUUAAUGAAACGAUGCAAGCAAACUUGAUCGCGAUUGUUGAGAUAAAGACGCGCCAACACGCGCAGGAUAUGAACGCAACGUUGUUCGGAGUACGGAAGUGUCUCGACGACUUUAUACCGAAUUUUUUCGACCAAGUUUUAGUCGACGCGUUCACAAACUCUUGCGGAUUCCUCAAAGUUGUGAACGCAUCCGUAUCCGAUCUGGUCAAAGAUCGCUGGAGGAAAUUCCAUGAGACGAAAUUUCCUAAGAAAUGGAGCCCACUUGUUACUCUUUUGAAGGAAAAGUCAUCGGCCAGUCGACAAAGCACCAAAGAGCCGCUAUUUUUAACUCUUAUCGCCGCAAACCUCACGCCCCAUGAUAUUAUUACUACGCUUUAUUCUUAGAUCCAAAAAAUAUUACUCGAUGUUUUUUUUUUAAUCUAUUUGUAACUUGCUAAAUUAACGUAUUGUUUGAAGUAUAGAUGGCGCUCUCACCUGUAACUUAUUGUAUAUAUUCUC